AUGGGUUCAAAAACUGUACGCAAUCCCGUGUUUAUGAUAUUUCCUCCAGAGGUCACUGCUCCCGACUUUCCGUCAACGAAAAAUGCAGCCACAGCCUAUGGGCCUACCAUGCCCUUUUCAAAAUUAUUUACUACAAAAUUUAAAAUCUUUGGGACUAUCCAGAUCCUGCUUGGACUGAUGAACUUUUCCCUUGGAGUCAUUUUCUUUUUCACCUUUGAAAAACCAUACCCAAGGUUCCCCUUUAUAUUUGUUACAGGAUACCCGUUCUGGAGCUCCGUUUUGUUCAUUUAUUCUGGAGCCUGCCUAAUUGCACUGGAAAGAAAAGGCACAAAAACUCUGGUGAGGAUGAGCCAAACCAUGAACUGCUUCAGCGUCCUGGCAGCAACGACCGGGGUCCUUCUCCUUGUAUUCGGUUUUAUUCUGGAUCAAAACUACCUGUGUGGCUACUCCGGAGAAGCGAGCGAGUGCAAGGCUGUGAACACCCUGUUCAUCGGAAUUUUGAUUAUGUUGAUAGCCUUCAGCAUUAUUCAGCUACUCAUUGCUAUGUCUUUCUCAAUUUGUAGUAAAUCCUUUGACUGUUGUGAUUGUGAGGAAUGGUGUUGA